AUGCAUUCCGCCAUAGCAUUCGCAGCUCUCGCUCUGUCGGGAACAGCUUACAGGGUCGCGGGCAGCGCCUGUAAGCCUCGGUCCAGUAGCACUAUUCCCACCCUUGCUUCUUCAAUCACCGAGUCGACUAGCAUAACGACACCCACCGAUAAUGCUGCACUCCCGAAAGUCCGUAACAUAGCUGUCAAUGGCAAUAUGGCUGAGGUCGAUCCAAGCGACCCUCUUAACGUCCCCGACUGGGAUGUCAUUAACGAUGCGAAGAUUGUUGGAGGUCAAGGCCGCGAGGAGCCGGGAAGCACCGAGCAAGGCGCAUGUGCCAUGAGUGCGACAAAUACGAAGUUGGAGAGACGAGCUGUCGGAUCUGGCGUCAGCAUGUCGCAAACCAUGAGUGACCUAGAGAUCGGCACGACUUACACUAUUCGCUUUUACUACCGAGUCGUUAUAUCACAGGGCGUCACGGAUUGUCAGUUGUCUGCUAAGUUUGGAAAUUCUCUUCUUACAGAGGACUCUAUCUCUAGCAGUGAUGUAUCCGAUGCUUGGACGGAAGUUCUCAAGACUGCUGGUGCGGAAGGAAGUAGUGCUGCUCUCAACAUUCAAAUGGAGUGUCAGGGCGGCAGUGCUACUAUUCUCUUGGACUCUGUUUUUGUCUCCAACAAAGUUACGCCCGAUACCAUCGAUCAGUUUGUCGUCGACUUUGGUAACAAUGGCAGUGGUGACAAUCCUCCGCUUGUAGAAGAUCCCCAAACUACUGCAUCCGCUGGGCCAACAUCAUCCAUUGAGCCUACAACAACCGAAUCAGGACCUACAGCAGGAACUACCACAACUGCGGCUGAGUCUCCCUUCUGCUCCAAGGCCCUCAACGGAGGCUGUUGGUGGAAGGGAUCAUCGUCUGGUUGCGAAAGCCGCGGAUCUUGGCCUGGUCCUGGUGGACAAGGUCGACUUGUGCCUCGUCCAGACAACUACCCCGAGCCUUUGAGUCAGUUGUGGUGUGUAGGAUGGUGCUCACUUUCUCCCGGUUGCAGGUCUGCAGCCUACAAUCCGGUUGAUCGGUCUUGUCGCUUCUCUGAGUUUGCCGUUCAAGAUUCGAAUUUCGUACCCGGCCCUGACGUCAAUGUUGACACUGAAGGUGUUUACUACUGGCAUGACCUAUCAUGCUUCAACUGUCCCUGUAAUGACGGUGACGAGACUGAAGUUGAACCUGUUGUUACCAAGACAACAACGAAAUCCAGCCAACCCACAUCGCCAUCUGGUCCUGCUGUGAAACUUCCUCCUGCAUCUACGUGCCCCAAAUCCUUGAACGACGGCUGUACCUGGAAUGAGGCUUCGCGCGGGGGCAGUCUCAUCACCUGUCAGUACCGAGGCCGGUGGCCAGGCGCCGAUGGUGUUGGAUAUGCCGUCGAGAAACCAAGAGACUACCCCAUGGCGUUGAGCCAAAUGUGGUGUGUUGCCUGGUGUUCUCUUUCACCCGGCUGUCGAUCUGCAGCUCAUAUUCCUGAAAACCGAUCUUGCCGAUUUUCAAGUCAUGCUGUUCAUGACGACGACUUUAUCAUGGCCGAUGAUCCCAAUCGGGACUCUACAGAAUUGGGGAUCUACUACUGGCACGACCUUUCCUGUAUGGACUGUCCCUGUAGGGAUGGGAUUGAGGUCACGACACAGCCUCCCACAACACUUCAACUCUCUAUUACGUCUGCCCCUACCGAGUCUCCCACUACUCAAGAACCAUCUUCAACACUAGUAACGACAGAAAGGCCGCCCCGUCCUUCUGCUGCGACCUGA